GAUGAAAACUUUACAUUACCAGAUUUUUUUUACUUUUUUCGUACUAUUUUCGAAUAACCUGGAUUAAUUGAUACUUUUACUCGUUUAUUUUUAUAAAUAUUGAUAACCACGGAACAGAAAUAACGACUUAUUCACAGUUAUCAAAGAUAUGAAAAUGUAAACGUUAUCGCUGAAUUUUCUAGUUAACCUUCUAACGAUAAGAUAAUUAAAGUUAGUUUACAAAUUUAACUUAGUUAUUUCGCUAAAUGUUUUACUUUCAUUAUAAAAAUCGUAAAGCGCAUGUGAAGUGACACGCGAGCAUUCUUUGACCUUUGAGAGAUACCAAAGCGAGCAACGAACGAAUUUUCUAAUUUCGUUGGACGCGACGCGAGUAAAACGUAAAACGGAACGUUAAACAAACAAACGUAAACAAAAGAAGCAAGGCUGACGUUAGUUUGAAAAUUAACAAAAACAAACGAAUAAAAAUGUAAUGUUUCAACAUCUGCCGUAAUACGAUAUGCGUAUUAGUAAUAAUGUGUUAAGAUAAUUUUCUUUGAAAUGUAUCAUUAACUAAGUGAAAGUUAUCAGCCCAACCCACAGGAAAUGAUCUGUUACAAUACAAAAAGGAAUAUUUUGAUCAGUGUAUUUAUUAUUGAACCAUGGGUACUACGUAUAGAGAAUUGUUCAAAUUAUACGAUCUAAUACAAUGUGGCGAUACAAGGUAUGUAAAGAAUUAUUUGGAAAAUUGCCAGGUUAAUGUCAAUGAAAUUUUGCCAUGCAAAGGUAUUGGUGUGUUGCAUUUAGCAGUAGGAAUAGAGCCCUUGGAGAAAUCCGAAGUAUGCACUGAGCUUAUCUUGAAGAAUGGGGGAGAUCCAAAUUUAUGCAAUGAUGAUGGUGUAACCCCAGUUCACAUAGCAGCCAUAUGGGGUCGCGUGGACAACCUGAAGCUUCUGAUAGGCUGUGGUGGUGACCCAUCCAGGCAUGACCUAGAUGGACACUCAGCGUUUGACUAUGCUGCUAGGGAGCAGCAAUGGGAUGUGUACGACUACCUCCACAAUGUUGUAGAUCAACUCGAUGACUCAUUUGGAUCUCAAUGUGCAUAUACAUUAGAUUUAGACAAAGUGUUAGUGACUACAGACCAUAUGGUUGCUCAAUACGAACCAAUAGAGAGAAAUAAUUUGUGCGACAUAACCGUACCCAGAAAAUCGGAGAUGGUACGCGAAUGGUGCGAAAAAAGCAGUAAUGUUAUUAACAAACUUUACCCUACAAUAUUAGGUGAAACAUACUUAAUAGAAAACGAAUCAGUACCUUGGAAAAGCAGUGAUUUUACCAAACACUCAAGUUGUGAUCUCAGUAAGGAUAAUAAUAAUUCAGACAAAACUGAAUUGAAUGAAACAAAUAAUAGCUUUAAGACAUGUUUGACGAAAAAUGUACCUGGUGACAUAGAAAUUAGUGGUAUUAAGCGUCUUGAAUCGACUACACAUCAAGCAGAUUGCUCCUGUGGUCACAAUUCUAUUUCAGAUGGGAAGAAAAGCAGAAUGAGCGUCUAUGAGAACUUUUCUCUGCCAGGCUCCCCCAACAGUAUUACACAUCAAAACUACAAUACGAAAAGUAGUUUGAAAAAGUGUCAGAAAUGUUCUGUAUCUUCCCUGUGCUCAGAUAUGAAGCAUAUGUUAACAUUCGAUAAUACCUUAUCUUUGAUAACAGAUGAUUCGUCGAAUGUAGACUUAGACAAAGCCCUAAUUGUUAUCCAAAAUAAAACAAAUGAGUUUCUGUAUAGCAAUAUUUCUUCUGUUACUGAUAUCAAUGCAAUUAAUACGAGGAGAUCUUCGGCCAGUAGUGGUGUGAGUAGCAACUACUCAGGUGGAAGUAUCAUGCUAGCUAGCAUGCAUGAAGAAUAUAAAUACGAGGAUAAGGAGGAAAAUGUGGUUCUCAUAGAGAAAAGAUUAAUGACGUCACCUGUAGUUCUACCAAUAGAGGAGGGGGCAGAUCUAUCAAGCCCUGACCAAACUAUAGUUUCUGUGGCAUCUUCGUUACCGACUUCAAUGCAAUAUGACGACAACACUUUAAGGAGUGAACUAAUUAAAUUAGGUUUCCGACCUGGACCGAUCCAACAGACUACUAGAACGCUGUAUUUGAAGAAACUGCAAGCAUUGAAGAGAAAUCCCAUUGUUAUCAGCAGUCAAGGCAAAAGAAAAAAAACUGGCCAAACUUUACUGUCUGUGGCAUCUUCAUUGCCGACUUCAGUGCAAUAUGACGACAACACUCUUAGGAGUGAACUAAUUAAAUUAGGUUACCAACCUGGACCGAUCCAACACACUACUAGAAAGCUGUAUAUGAAGAAACUGCAAGCGUUAAAGAGAAAUCUUAAUGUGAUCAGCAGUCAAGGCAAAACAUACAGUUUAGAAUUGGAGAAAUCCUUGCGCUCAGACGAAUGGACUAAAAACUUGACGCCUUAUGUGGAACUAGAGAACAAAAUUAGGGCUGAUUUUGCUAAUCCGAAUAAGAAAUGGCGCGAAGGAUCGAAUAAGACGUCCUUUACGUAUUUACUGUUGGACCCGCGAGUUACGGAAAACCUUCCUUCGAAAGCCGCUACACAAUCGCCCAAUCUCUCAUGGGUCACGUUUGUGAAUUCAAUAUUCUAUGUUGGAAAAGGUAAGCGAUCGAGACCUUAUUCCCACCUAUACCAAGCGUUGACUCUGUGGAAGCGCGACUUCACCACAUCCAAAGACAAGAAAGUGCAACACAUCCUAGACAUAUGGUCCAACAAGGUUGGUGUGAUCUGUUUACAUAUAUUUCAAAACGUGAUUCCAGCAGAGGCCUACACUUACGAAGCCGCCAUGAUUGACGUUUUAGGUGUUGCCAAUCUGAAAAAUUUAAAAGUUGGCAAUUAUUAUGGUGUUGCCGAGUCGCUGCCUUUAAAAGAAAGGCGGAUGUUAGGUCUCUAUCUUCUUUAUAAAGCUAUGCAAAUAUUCAUCAGCGAAGGGGAAAGGCAAUUGCGUCCUGAUGAUAUAGAUUGACAUUUGACUGACUGCAUUAAAAUAUAUAUUGUAAAUUGGUUGUGAAUAUGUAAAAAGAAAUGAAAUUUCAAUGUAUUAUUUUUGAUAGGUAUUGUAUUUGUUAGACUUCUGAUUUUUUUUUUGAUAAGAUCUCUUAACUUGCCAAUAAACGUGAAAUUAUUUUAAUAAGGACUCGUUAAUCGAUUUUUAAAAUAAUGUAUUUUUCAUGUAUUUACAUUAUUUGUAUAACACUAAUAUCUUUUGUGAAAUAUUCAUUUUGUAAAGUUUCUAUCAAAACUUUGAAAUAUAUAUAUUGAUUCUAGACACUGUGAUUUUAACGUAUAUUGAAUUAAUGUUCAAAAAAGGAGCGGGAGAAAUAAGCGACAUUUGAACUCAGCAUAAUAAAUACAACUGAAUGUUUAAUUAACUAUUGUUUUGAAUGAUUCAAAUAAAUUUAAAUAUGACUCACUAUUUUAAUAUCACCCAAAGAAAACAAGACAGUAAUAUUAACAAAAUUCAUGUUACCAUUGAUAUGGAAAUCCGAUAGUAAAUUUAAUACCUAUCAAAUUACCGCUAAGAUAAUAAUUAUGCCGCUACCUAGCGUAAGAAAUAAUUUAUCUUUGCCUUACGAUCUACCGGAAUACCAAAGUAACCACGAAUAUUUCCUUCGUAAUAUUUUUAUUAAUAUAUUACGAUAUUUAGGCCCACUUACACCAAAGUUCUAAAUUCAUAUUUUAAAGCUAAUCAUAAUUUUAGCUUCAUUCUAACUCUAUAAUGACUUUUAACAAUAAUUAACAUAAAUGGAAAGAUUUGUUAAACAGCAUUAAGUCUUAAUUUGAUUUCAGAAUGUUCAUGCAAGUGGCCCUUUUAUUUAGUUAUAAAAGCAAUUGUAAGAUUCAAUUCUGUAGCAUGCCACUAAAAUUAAAUUGCAUUUUUUUUCAUAGAUUACGUCAGAGUUCACUAGAUGAUGUAGAAAUAAACUUAUAAUCUGCUUGCGUAAUGUUAAAAAUAAUUCACUGUAUAAAAUGUUGAACGUUUGUUAUAUUUAUUCAGAGUAAAAAAAUAACCAUGGACCAAUUAUACUUGAAAUAUAAAUACACUGUAACUUUAUUAUUGAUAUAGUGCAGCUUUUAUUUCAAAUAUUAGUCUUUUGGAUACUUCUUACGUAUGACAGAGAAAGAAAACUGUAGUGGUAAAUUCAUUCCAAAGAUUUAAAAUAAAUAUACAGAGUAAAGUUAUGAUAUAGGGGUUAGAACUUUUUUGUAUGGAAGCUGGCCUAUUGACUCGCCGGCCGCCAUUUUGAUUAGUUUUUGAAAUGGCGAAAUGAAAGUGGUAUGUAUGGGUAAGCACGAAAAAGCAAGCAGACUGGAAGACAUUUUGGGGGGUUUUUAUGGCAGGACACGGUUUGUGCAUUGUUUCAUGUUACUUUUCAUAAAAUUUUCAUCAUCCGAGAUUUCGAAAAACAAUCUAAAUGUCGGUGGGUCGAUAGGCCAAAUCUAUUCCCUUUGUAUCGCGUUUUCGUAGGUAAAUAUAAACAGGUUUUUUAUUCCAAUGAAAAAGAAAAGGAAUUGAAAUUGAGAGAAAAUUUAAACUUUUACUCUUCCGAGUGUUACUAAGCAUAAUAUUAAAGAAAUUUUAAUUAAAGGAAAUUAUUUAAUUUUUGUGUAAUGUUACAGAAUGUUAGUUUAACCAUCACAUUUGUACAAAAUGCACGAACCCUACCGUCUAAAUAUCAAAGUUAAUUAGCAGUAUUUUUUUCAUUAAGUAGGUAUUUUACAAUUGUGUAAUUUAUUUUAUCGAGUUAAUUAAGUAAGCUUUAAUUUUUAUACACUUUGUAAUUUAUAGCAUCUAAAUAUAAGUUACCAUUACGUCUUUGAUAUUCAGCGUUAAGUUUCAAACCAAUUCUAAAAAGAGCUAAACUUUUUUAAAUUUGUAUUAAGUAAUAGUAAAUUGCCACUUCAAUAGUUGUGACGUCAAAGAAUAAAUUGAUUAUUAUACUUUAACCGCCUUACUUAGAGUUCUAAUUAAUUAAAUGCCAUUAAGGCUCAAUUUAUACCGCCGCGGAACGAAAUGGAAGCGAUUUUAGAAAUGAAAUUGUGCAUCUUAUUCAAUUGACAUAAAGAACAUAAAUUCAUUAUGCCAUGUCAAUUUCGUUGCAAAAAUUAGCUUCCAUUCCAUACCUCGGCGAUAUAAAUUGAGCCUCAAAAUCGUUACAUUUUCAGUAAUAACGAUAUAAAGGUUAAUAGGAGUACGGCUGUAAUAUAUUUUACCUACUCUCUUCAGUAUUUUUAAUUGCCCAGAAAAAAAUAGUCUGUGCACGAGCACUUUUAUUGAAUUGGUUUGAAAUAGAAUAAAUGAAUAUCCCUUUACCUCCUAGUCAAACCUCACAACUUUCAUAAUAGCAUAAUCUUGCACAUGACAUUACCCUAUAAGUAAACAAUGUAACAUGGGCUUUGAAAUAAAACACAUUGAUAAGAAAUAAUUUAUCUUUAUUAUUCCUUUUUUUUCCAACUGUCUCGAGUUCUUUUCUAAGAAAAUCAAACUUGGAUUUAGUUACAUCAAAAAAUACACAAAUGUUCAUAUUAUAUGAAUACAUUAUAAAUACAAUGACGUGUAUCAACCAAGUCUGCACUGGUGUCCGAUACAAAUUAUCGAAAGCGUAAUAUCGCGUGUUCGCAGCCUUAACUCACUCUAGUCAGUACAUAAAACACUGUAAACCGUCAAAAUUUAAACGAAAUUAUUGUCAAUUACCAGCGAGAGCAUAAAUAACGAUUUAAAACUAAUAUAUUAUGGUUCUCGUUUAGGUUCAUCAAUUAGAAAUUAUACUAGUAGGUAUAUUUAUUUGGCUCAGUUGCCUAUAAUCUGUCACUCUUCAAGGGAGUUACGUACGUAGGAGUAUGUUCAAAGACUGAGCUACUGUUUUAGCGAUGGCAUCAAACAACUUGCCUCUGACGCUUUGUCACAGAAAAGAAGAGUAUUUGCAGUGUUUCAGUUUCGGUUUUUAAAAAAUAUGUACUGACUAGAUUGUUUAUGAUAAAAUGAAACGAUCAGUCUAUGCAUUCACAGAUGCACCGAGCACUGCGUUUGAGAUCAUGAUAUCCAUCUUGCUCAUGCUCUCUUAUUACAUUCAUACUAGGUUCAAAUUUGUAUGUUGGCAUUUACAUUACAGUAGUUAUCAAUUGUUUAUAGAUUUCUGCAGUAAUCAGUGAACAAACAUAGGUAAUAACAACUUCAGUUUGAGUAAUAAUAUAAGUAGUUACAAUUGUAAUUUCUUCUACAUGACGACGACGCAUAUGAUCUUUCACUGAUCAAUACACUAACAAUGGUUAUAUUCAAAAUUGUGUUUCAGAACAUUGCCAAUAAAAAAUAGAAAACAAAAUCUCACAUAGUCACUGGCUUUUGUAAAAUAAAUGUCGAUGGGGGUUAGUUAGGCCCUGCGCAAAUACAUUAUAAAUAUUGAUUUGUGUAUAAUUUUAAGAGUAAGAAACAGGUACGUGCGUACAAUGACUAAAAUUUAAUGAAAAUAAUAUUGUUUCAUUAUUACAAUAGUUUUUUUAAUCUCCUCUAAUAUGAGUCUUAAUGUUCAUCUAAUAGAAUGCAAUCCACCAACACCUUUCCGCUUAAUGCAAUAAAAAACUAUUGCAUUUUAUUUUAAAUACACUUCACAAUGUAAUUGUUUUUUUAGUUUAAAAUAAAGGUUUGAAUAUGUGUGUGUGAUUGCUUAAUCACAAAACCUCAAAUCAAUUGGAAGACUGUUUUAUAUAUAUGUGUAUCGAAAAAAUACCAUACCGCAUGUUACAAUCUUGACAUUUAGGCGGUAUGAAUAGAGUACCUUAUUCAGACGACAUGUUGAUUCAAAAAGAUACAUACAACGAGGACCCAACAUAAGUCAUGAUUUUUGAAUAUUUUUUUAAUAUGCAGUAUUAGCUAGCUGUAGUUUCCUCUCCUCGGUGUUUAUAUGAUUUUCAUCAACAUGACCCCAGGUACAUGGAGAUUAAAUGCAAAACAAUGGUUCUCAAUCUUGAGCUAGCAUACAGACAAUUUUCCAAAAGUACGAAUGAAUGCAAUACAGAAAUGGUUAUGUGUGGUUUAACAAAAACCUACAAUUUUUGACGCACCGCAUCAAGGCCGAUGUGGAAUCGUAAUAUAAGAAGUAGUGAAUGUCUAAUCCCUUGUAUGUAAGAAUAUCGGACUAAGAGAAUAAUAUUUAUGUAUUUAUCUUUAAAAGCCAGACAUACAAUACACAUACAGCAAUGCCCAAACACUCCACGACUCUAUAGGAUGCUCUCUACGUUUUACAAUAUAAAUCAUUCAUCACUAUAAUCGAGAUAGAGUAUGAUUUGUGCACGCUACGACUCAUGUAAUGAUCACAUUGACGCCUUUAAACUUACACUAUAGGUAAUUACUUAAGAUUAAUUAUUAGUCUAAACGCUUUUAAAAUCUAGGUACGCUCGCUUUCUUUGUGGAAUGCAGUAUUCAUAAAUAGAAGAUCUCAAAUAUGCUGUAUUCGCAUGACAUUAAUUUUGUAGGGGCUUCCAACAUCAGUACAAUGCCCGGAUUGGAUUGUGAUUCGGAGAAUUCGAUGUUUAUAUUUUUUACAAUUAAACCCUCUCGCGUCGGAGCUGACGACGUAACGUAAUUUACAUGUAACACUAAUAUUUACAGAGCUAGUUUGUGCUUCCACUAGACAUAUAAAACAAAUCGGACACAUAGCGGAGGCGUUUUUUAAUGUCCAUAAGCCUCCGCGGGGUACACAACAGCCACUCGGGGGAGUCAUAACACGACACUCGUCACGAUAUAAGUUCACUAAUAGUCACUAGAACAUUCAAAGCGCACAUCACAUACACAUUUCGUGGUACACGCGAGAUCACAGUUUUGUUUUGUUUUUAGUUUUUUUUUUAAUUAAGUUAUGGCUACUGGCAUGGAGAUCGGGUCCGUGGGAUAUCGCACUACACUAGGUUCGAAGUGAGGUCAGAAUGCGCGGGAUAUUCGCGCGGGUUCCUUAGGCGGCGCCCCUCACUUGGGCGGCGUUGGAAACGAGUUCACGACAGCCUGCGUACUGGCCAAUACGGCGGCGGCUGCAACAUACAAACACAAUCGUUAACAAUCGGCUCCCUGAAAUGACGGGAGCUCUUUGGAAGCACCCAAGUUUGUCCCCCUUGUCCCUGUAGCAUGAGCACCACAAUUUACAUUAAGUCAAGUUUUUUAUCUCGUUUAACCGUCAAACUAUAUAGUAAUUUGACAAUUAAGCGUGAUAAAAACGCGUUAUAUACCACAUUGCGGUACUCAUGCUAGGGGAGCUGGAUUGGAGUGAAAAGUCUCAUCAACAAUCGUCCAAGCACAUGAGUAGGAAAGCUUAGUGGAUUCAUAGUUUUCAUAGUCCAUGAACCACUUUAUUAAACUUAAUUAUGGUGUCGAAUUAUUGGAAUUAAUUAUUCCAGCCAUAAACUUCACAUUUCAUAACAUGUGGACGCCCGUUAGUGGUGCAAAUUUUACUGCGGGUACCUUCAGCCGUCGUACAUGUUGGUUGGUUAUACACACCGUAUAGUAUUGUUCAAUAUAUUUAUCAACCGUUAAAGUAAUCAAAAAAUAUUUCUGUCUCGAUGGAGCUGCCAUGUCAAAGAACAAAGGCCCAAAACAAAAAAGAUUAUAAAAAAAAACGAAAAAUAUUUUUAACCAUAUCGAAUUAAAAUAUUCAUUCAAUUUGUGUUGAUUUUAACGCAAGAGUAAUAUUAAUACGUAUAGAUAAAUGCAACCAACUGAUAAAAUUAUCGUCAUUAAUAAUUUCAAUCAGAAUCCUAAUAGUUAAUUAAAUCAACAUUCAAAAAAAUAUUCAGAUUUUGUAUUUGAAUAUUAACUGAUAUUUUCAAUCAUUAAAUUAUCUGAUAUUAUCUUCAGCUAUUACCUUAUAACUAAUACUAGCUGUCCCAGCGAACUUCGUACCGCCAUAAAAAAAUUGGGGUUGGUGGUAGAAGGAUUAUUAUGUAUUUUUUGUAUGAUGUAUCAUAAAAAAUAUAAAUAUAAAAUUCUGUCCAAAACAAAAACAAAAAAAGGGUGGACCACCCAUAACAUUUAGGGGGAUGAAAAAUAGACGUUGUCCGAUUCUCAGACAAACUGAAUAUGCAUAUAAAAUUUCACGAAAAUCGGUCGAGCCGUUUCAGAGUAAUUCAAUUACGCACACCGUGACAGGAGAAUUUUAUAAUAGAUUAUUUUUUAACCAUUAACGCUACCUCUAGUAUGUAUGGUCGUGUACAUGUGUUCGAGUGUGUAUCUGUAUAGUCACCUGGGUAGGGCGGCGGGUAGAGCGGGUACCCGAGCCCCACGUGCGUGUGGUGAUGGGUGUGCACGUGUCGCUGGGGCGGGGGGCUGCGCGCGGGGUCCUUGGGUCCGUCGGCGCGGGGUCCCGGGGGUUUUCCCGCUGGGGACUUGGCAUGCUCCUGUAAUUCGUGGAUCUUGUGGGGCGCGUGA